UUGCUUGCCAUAUUCCCAGUGUAGGCUCUAACACUUAAAGCUGCAACGGCAUCGCACAGAGAGCAGUUACUGUCCCACGUCUUUGGCUGUACAAAAAUACUUUUUUAUUAAGGUCUUCAGGACAGCAACAAUGAAGACACUAUCGUGUUUUUCACUUUAUUUGCCACUUUUCGCAGUUUCUUUGGUUUUCGGUGCCAUUUCCACUGUGAACGGUGACUACUGCGUGGUGAACAAGUGCAGUAACGGAGGAAUCUGUGUGACGGGUUCAGGCGAGCCCUUCAUCUGUAUCUGCCCCGAUGGGUUCACCGGAGACACCUGCAACGAGACGGAGACCGGGCCGUGCAACCCCAACCCGUGCACAAACGACGGCGUCUGCGUUGCGACGGGCCACACGCGGCGAGGGGACGUGUUCAGCGAGUACGUCUGCGAGUGCCAGCUGGGCUUCGAGGGCGUGCACUGCCAGAACAGAGUCAAAGGAGCAGACCUGAAUGUGAAAAAAGAUGUUAAUGAGUGCGCUGCCAAGCCUUGCAAAAAUGGUGGAUCCUGUCGUGACCUUGAAGGGGACUUUGUCUGCCAGUGCCCUUCCCCUUACGUGGGCAAACAGUGCCAUCUCCGCUGUGUGUCCCUGCUGGGCAUGGAGGGAGGGGGCAUCGCUGAGUCCCAGAUCUCCGCCUCCUCGGUCUACUACGGGAUCCUGGGCCUGCAGCGCUGGGGCCCCGAGCUGGCCCGCCUCAACCGCAAGGGCCUGGUGAACGCCUGGACCGCCGCCGCGCACGACAGGAACCCCUGGAUCGAGGUCAACAUGCAGAGGACGAUGCGGUUCACGGGCAUGGUGAGUCAGGGCGCCAGCCGGAUGGGGACGGCGGAGUACAUCAAGGCCUUCAAGGUGGCGUCCAGCCUGGACGGACGCGUGUACACCGUGUACAAGCAGGGCGCCGACCGGAAGGACCAUGUGUUCAUGGGGAACGUGGACAACGACAGCACCAAGACCAAUCUGUUCGACCCGCCCAUCAUCGCUCGCUUCCUCCGCAUCAUCCCUGUGGUGUGCCGCAAGGCGUGCACCCUGCGUAUGGAGCUGGUGGGCUGUGAGCUCAAUGUAGUGUCUUCAAACACAACAGGUUGUUCCGAGUCGCUGGGGAUCCGGUCCCGGUUGGUGUCGGACCGCCAGAUCACGGCCUCCAGCGUGUUCCGGACCUGGGGCAUCGAGGCCUUCUCCUGGCAGCCGCACUACGCCCGGCUGGACAAGCAGGGCAAGACCAACGCCUGGGCCGCAGCCAGCAACAACCGCUCCGAGUGGCUGCAGGUGGACCUGGAGUCUCCCAAGAGGGUCACGGGCAUCAUCACCCAGGGAGCCAAGGACUUUGGCUCCGUGCAGUUCGUCACCGCCUUCAAGGUAUCCUACAGCAACGACGGCCAGUCCUGGGCCACGGUCAAGGAUGACACCGCCAAGACAGACAUGAUCUUCCAGGGCAACAGUGACAACAACGUCCACAAGAACAACGCCUUCGAGCCGCCCUUCUACGCACGCUUUGUGCGGGUGGUCCCGUGGGCGUGGCACGAGCGCAUCACUCUGCGCAUGGAGCUGCUGGGCUGCAAUGAGUAGUCGUCGCCCCCCCCCCACACACACACACACACAAACACACACACACACACACACACACACACACACACACACACACACACACACACACACAAUAAGGUUGAGUUAUGGUUGACGUCGACGCAACGCAAGGGGGUUCACGGACCCAUUACGUCCUUGCCGACCCUCUUUGCGUCCACCGCAAGGUCCGGACGUGCGCCUCCCAAAAUUGUGACCUUGCGUCAGGGGGCGAUAGAUUCGCUAUAGUAACCCCAACGCAGAACCAAAACAGGUUCACGACUGCGUCAAAGCGUCUGCGUGGUCAUUGCGUUGCGUCGACGACGUGGAACCAUAACUCUACCUACUUCUCCUCCGACCUGCCGUCUCUCAGCCCUAGAGGGCGGCAAAACCCUAGAGUAGUUUUAAGUAGUCCUAUUGCUCCUCCAUGAGAUGUACCUGCUCAGCUAGUAGGGGAAAGAGUCCUUGCUUUAUUGGUGGCCUAUCGGCAUCGGUCGGGUCGAUCCAGCUCAUUUCCAAUAAGCCAAUUUUAUUUUCAAUUGAAGUUUUUCUUCUGUCCAGUAUAUCAUAGAUAUUUAUGGGGGGGAUAUUUUCCGAUACCAGGGUCUGAGAUCAGCAGUGUGGGGCUGGUAGUUGUUUCAGUGCUAGAGCUGUGUCACAGAUGAUCUGCAGCUAGACCCUUCGACACCCCAGGCUAGAAUGCACAUUAUCAAUCUUCAUGAUUUUGUUGGACGUUUUUUAUAGUAACAUUUAUAAAUGGAUAGAUUUGAAAAAAAAAAAUGUAAUUGCUAGAUACCAUACCACGUAGCUUCAAGGCAAAUGUACAGGAAAAGGUUGUCUUUUUAUUGUGACAAAGAAGAAAAAAUUAUCAUAGUAGAAUUGUCACAAUUAAUAUUUGCUUGCUUGUGCUUUGUAAUGACCCCUAAAUGGGUAGAGGGGAAAAGGGGGUGGUAACACAUUACCUAAAAUGAUAACUCAAACGUAAAUAAGGCAGAAACCAGUUAAGGUGAAAGAUAAGUGUUUUACUUUAAAACAAGGAUUCAGGAGGGAAGCCAAAUAAACUUUGGGAUGGCCCAGGCCAAAACAACAACCGGAAAUCCACACCCUAUCUAAAAGUAAAGACUGCUAAACUAAUAGUGAUCAUAAGAAAAUACUAUGCUAAACUACCUAUCCUGGAUAACGAAGAGAAAAUGUGGGAAAAUAACCCAGUGGGACCUAACAUGGUUACAUGUGUUAUAUUUGUACUGCUAUUUUAAGAGUUUCAGAGGGCAUUUGUUGUCAGGCACACAAUUAUCCUUUACAAUAGCUUUUACAACAUUUUUAUAGUCUAACAGCUAUAGUCAUUUAGAGUCCACACACAGUGAGGACAGCCUCAGGGUCAAAGCAAAGUACUACCCGCCAGGACAUGUUGGUCCUUCUGUUACCCUGAUGCCAUGAAGGCAAUCCAAAUCACUACAGCGUUAAACUCUAGUUUGACAAUUUCAAGUAAUUUUUCUAUAUUUUUUAGCCCUUUUUCUUGGAUACAGCAACAUGUUUUACAAAGCCAUUGUAUUGCUCUUCCCAACGAUUAUCCUUUGGUGUUUCGUUAAACUACUAUUAUUUCAUUGUAAGUAGGUAUUGUGUGCUUGGUAGCUAUAUUUAGUAUGAAAAACCCACUGUGGAGGUUAUGUAAAAAAGUAAUAACCCCUUUAUGUUUAAUGGCAUAUAAUUGCAGCAUUGUUUCAAAGUUUCUUUUUGCCUAAGAAAAUACCUUGUAAGGGCCAAACACCACUUCCAUUCAUAGUAGUUAUUGUAGCCUAUUUUCUCCUGUCAUUCCCGCCAUACACUAUAUAAUUAAAUUCAUAAAUCAUCAACAAUCAUUGUAUCAUAAUGAGCUACACAAUAGGGGAGGAGGUUUUGGAUGAGUUAUUUCUUUAUAUUCCUUCAUGUCUGGGCUAGCACACUUGUACAUGCUACUGAAACCUUUGUUGUUGUUGUUGUUGUUGUCGUUGCAGAUUUCAAUUCAGUCACUCUGUGCUUUCAUAUUUGAACAUCAACCUAUUUUAACAACACUUUUCAAAUUUGAUGUUUGUGUUUAGGUGUUUGGUAAUACGAUAAAACCAAAAAAAGUAUUUUGCAGAAAACAUGUUCAUUAGCUAUUAGGAGAACGAUGUAAAAACUUUAACGAAUGAGAAAUUAGACAGCUUGGGGUUAUGCCAGUGAUUCAAGUAUAGUAUUAUCAUAUGAUGUACAUUUACAAACUUUAAUUAUUUUUACUAACUUGAUUUGUUUAAAAAAGUAUAUUUUGCAGAAGGCAUAUCCUAUGCCAAUUAUUUAAAAAGCAUGUAAUCCAAAAGUGUGUCCAACCAAAUGCAGGUGUGGCCCUGCUGAUAAGCCACAUCGACACUUGAUCCUUCACGGUAGAGCUGGGAUUUGCCAUAGAAUCAAAUUCUAAUUCUUUAGAUAAAAUACUAACACUGGGAUUCAGGGCCUGUGCAAUAUCACAAUGCAUUGAAAAUGAAUGAAAGUUAAACUAAAUUUACUGCAAAAAUACAUGGGUAUGCACGGAAGCUGUCUGACAGUAGACUUGUGUCAAACACUGUACUGUAUUAGCUGUUGUUGCAGGCAUAAAGAUGUCGGUGGGUUAUGCAGCCCUGCAUGCAUCUAAUUGGUAAAUUGAACAGUUCAGGGGGUCUAGUUUAGGUUUAUUAGUGAGAAAGAUUUUUUGUUGUUGAUGAUGUUGUCCAUCUUAUGUUACUGUAAAUAAGUUAUUUUAUUCCUGUUCCAGUUUUCUAUGAUUGAUGAAAAGCUGUGUUUUUAUGCUUUCAUGAAGGUUAUUUUUGUGAUGUUCUCAGAAAUUAGACAUCAACAUCUCAUAUGGAAUUUGUUUGGUUUUUUUGUCUUCCAACGAAUACAUUUCUAUAUUGAGUUUCCCUUACGUUUGGCCUUUGUACAUUAAAGAUAAUGAAUAAAGAAUUUAUUCCAACAGUA